CAUCCAUUGAACAACUUCCGCACACAACCCCACUUCGUCGCAAUCCGCCAUGUCCUCUGAUUCAGACCACCAGCCCGCCGGCCUGCCCGUUCCCAACCCAACAAAGUCUUUCUGGCACAGCGAGCCCAAUGAGUUCCUCCUUGGGCACCGCACGACGCCCGACCUGCCCGCCGAAGCCGAUAUCGUCAUUGUUGGCAGCGGCAUCACCGGUACCUCGGCAGCGCGCUUCCUAGCCGAAGACCCACGCGCAAAAGGCCGCAGCGUCGUGAUGCUCGAAGCUAGAGAAGCGUGCUGGGGCGCAACGGGCCGCAAUGGAGGCCACUGCCAGGUCCUGCCCAUCGCGCGCGCCCUCGACGUAACCCAGUUCGAAGUCGCAAACUACAACACCGUGAAAGCGUACAUCGAGGCCCAUAACGUCGCGUGCGAAUGGCGCAGCCUCACGGCCUGCCGCGCCUACUUCUCGCGCGAGAUGUUCGACGUCGCGGAGGCCGAGAUCGCGGGCCUGAAGGAGAAGGACCCCGAGCUGGGGAAGCUCGUCGCCGCGUUCUCGGACAAGGACAGCUUGGCUAAACUCCGCGUCCCGGCCGCCGCGGGCGCGACGACUUGCGCCGCGGCGGCCAGCCUGUGGCCGUACAAGUUGAUCACGUUCAUGCUGGAGAAGCUGGUCAAAGACGGGAAGCUCAACCUACAGACUCACACGCCUGUCGAGCGCAUCACGCCUUCCUCCGACGGCGACGCGACAUACCCCACGAUUCUGCACACCCCGCGCGGCACCCUCCGCGCCAAACACGUCAUCCUUGCGACCAAUGGCUGGACGUCGCACCUCCUCCCCACACUCGCCGACCUAAUCGUUCCCGUCCGGGGCGAGAUGUCCGCGCUCCUACCGCCCGCAAACGCGCCCCGUCUAACGAGCUCUUACGGCCUGUGCGGCCAGAAGGGUCAGCCCGCGAACUCAGACGACUACCUGAAUCAGCGGCCGUACGAGGGCGUGCCGAACCCCGCGGGGCACUACAUGUUCGGCGGGGGCGACGGCGCGGCCGUGAAGCGGCGGAUCGGGGCGUGGGACGACGGGGUCGUGGACGAGGGGAUGGCGGGGUGGUUGCGGGGACGGCUGGCGCAGGCUGUGGAUUUGGGUGGAGAUGAAGUGCAGGGGGAGCUGCGCGCCGCGAAUGAGUGGUCCGGCGUGAUGGGGUAUUCGCGGGACAACGUGCCGUGGGUUGGGGGCGUGCCGGGACAAAAGGGCGUAUGGUUAGCAGGCGGCUACACCGGCCACGGCAUGCCCAACGGCAGCCUCUGCGGCAAAGCGGUCACAGAGCUGCUCCUCGCCUCCGACGAAGGAAUCGCCUCCUCUGCGGCCCACGAGCGCGUCAUAAGCGCUGUCCCACUCCCACGCAGCUACCUCAUCACUGAGGAGCGCAUUGCUAAGGCGCGCAGGCUGCCGUCUGUCGAGCAGGCGGAUCGGGACGAGGCCAUUGGGAACCAUGCCCGGCAGGAGGGGGAGCCGGGUAGGGAGCUGGAGGGCGGGGGGAAGGUCUGGGGGAAGAUUUAGGGGGGUUUAAAAGGAAAGUGUCGUGGGAUG